CCGACUUAAAUUACAUUUUACCUUUCAAUCCUCAAAAUCGGGAACAUCUUUUGCAUAUUUAUUUGGGUCAUGAGUUCGAGUUUCAUUUUAUUAGAUUAGAGCCAAUAGUAGGCAUGCAGUCGGAUGUUUUUAAUAGUGCAGUUAAUGUUCAAAAUGUAAAUAUAACAUGUCUUCAAAACAAAAAUACAAUCUCAAAUCACAAUAUCACAGACAACUGUAGUGAUUUUUACAACCAUUCUUUUCAGGAAGUUAUUCAACCUACAAAUUAUUCGACUGAUUCAGUUCUGAACCUACAUUUAUCUACAGACGACAGUUCAUUUUCUCCUCAAAGCAGCCAUCUAGACAGCGCCCCUUGUCACACAGAAGAGGAACACAUUGAUGCUCCUCUCCUGUCAACGUUAGAUUCAUCAGCCUCCCCAACAGCCGCCUCAGACAGAAACGAUCUCAAUUCCACAGAUCAUGACAGGUUAUCCCCUCCAAGCCUUAAUAUGUCAUUUUAUAUUGAUCCGCCUUCUUUAAAUAAAAUUGCAGAUACAGCAAAUGGUUCAAAUUAUGACGAGGAACCUCCGGUGUUAUCACCAAUUCAUUUAAGGUCAAUAGUGCGCCCUCCUAAGAAGUUCACACCAAGCGAUUAUGUCAGGGCACGUAAGCAAAUUUUUGCCGAAACGGUAAACCAAAAGCAUUUUACUGAUUUACCUUUUUUUAUUCAGCGCAACAUUUUGUCCCUUGUAAUCUAUAACAAUUUCAACAUGUAUUUAACUUUAAUGAAGGUAACAACACAUUUCGAACAUCUGCUAGCCACCCUUUAUAAUUUAUGUCCUCAAAUUUACUUAAAUGAAAAUGUUAUGUCCAUAUUGGAAGGUAAAUCUGUGUUUCCUGAUGGCGUACGACACAACUGGUCUCUUCGUAAGUUAAGCCGAGUGGCGGGUCCUGGGAGUGGAGUAAUGAUGGAACUGCGUGACGUACUGAGACCAAUUUCUUCCCGAUGGAUAAAUGGCUACAUCGAGAUCCUCGCAACAGCAAUCGCUGGAUGGUAUUAUAUUGUCGGUUUUAAAUUCAAACAGUAA